AUGGGCAGCGUAGGCAGCGGAGCGGCCAGCCACCGGAAGAUCACCAUGCGUAGCGUUGGCACUCGUACCACCCCGAACGGCCCUUUGGGAGGCCCCCCGCCCCCCUCGUCAUCAGGGCGACGCCGUCUUGAUGACCGCAGCUACAGUGCCGAGCGCUUCCCGGUUGGUGUCUCCAAGGCGAAAGGCUCGUCCGGCGACGAUCUCCGCUACAGUGACGAAAGCUCAUACCACAAUAAUGACCACUCACACACCGAUGCGGACCGCGGGACAACACACAACGGGAACAGGCAGCAGGUCGUCAACGGCGACCGGCUGGUGUCCAACGCUGUGUUUGUGAACGGUGGGAGUCGGCGGGAAGGCCAGAGGGGCGGACACAGUCUGGACCCAUGCGGGAAUAAUGAUUCUGUCAACAACGCCAAGAAUGGGAGUCAUCAAGCGCCAUCUCAGUACAAAGACAAGGGCACAGGCAAGCGGGAUAACCACAACCCUCCCAAUAUUCUUCCUGUUUCCGGAAAACUGGAGCAGACCAACGAUGGGUUGGUCCGUCCAUCAGCCUUUAAACCUGUUGUUCCCAAGAGCUUCCACUCCAUGCAGAACCUUGUGUGUUCCCCUCAGACGGGCAGUGGCAGUGGAGCAGGGGCCAGCCAGGGCGGUGCUGGGGGUACUGGGGGUAGCAGCGGAGGUGGUGGAGGAGGAGGGGGGGCGGGGGGGCGCGGGGGCAACACAGGUGCUAACAGAGAACAGCAGGACCCUGGAGGUGGCAGGAACGGACAGGGCAGCCUGUCGGACUCUGGGAGGAACUCUCUGACCAGCCUCCCCACCUAUGCGGGGUCUGGUUACGGACCCCCGCCUGCCCUCGGGCCUCUCAGUGCCUCCACCAGUCACAUCAACCGACUGGGAACGGCCGGCCUGGAUAAGCCAGACAAGCCUGGGUACCAGAAUGGCCUGAGCGCGUCUGACAGUGGCCGCUCGUCAUCGGGGAAAAGCUCCUCAUCCUACCAGCGCCUUAGCCACUUGAGUGAUGCUCCGGCACCCCUGCGACCCUCGCCGUCAUCCGACGACGUCAUUCAGGACCUGGAGGACCGCCUGUGGGAGAGGGAACAAGAGGUCCUGCACAUGCGCCGUAACUUGGACCAGAGCGAGGCAGCCAUCGUCCAGGUGUUUGAGGAGAAGCAGCGCGUGUGGGAGCGGGAGAUGGAGGAGCUGCGGCAGAACUACGCAGGCCGUCUGCAGCAGGUGACGCGACGCGCCCAGCGAGCGCAGCAGGCGCUGCAGGCGCAGAUCACACGUCUGCAGCAGGACAAACGGCGGCUGCAGGAUGAGAUGGCCGUCCUGCUGGCCCAACGGGAGGAGCUGGAGAAAAAGUGCUUGGACUACAGGAAGGAGCAGGCCGACCUCCUACCCAGACUGGAGGAGACCAAGUGGGAGGUGUGCCAGAAGGCCGGGGAGAUCUCCUUGCUGAAGCAGCAGCUUCGGGACAGCCAGGGGGAGGUGACCCAGCGUGCAGGGGAGAUGGUGGCUUUGCGGACCCAGCUGAAGGAGCUCAGCGCCCAGCUGAAGGAGCGGGAGGACGCCGUGCUGGGUCUGAAGGAGUCCUUCUGCACCAAGACUCUGGAGCUGGAACGCUGCGAGGCCGAACUGCAGAAGAUGUUGACGGAGGUCUCUCUCCUGAGAGAGAAACUGGGUGCAUUUGAGGCAGAAGUCACGGGUCUGAAGCAGGUGCUCGGUGAGUUCAGCGGACCCUCGAGCCUAGCAGUGGAUUCUGGGAUGUCAUCACUGCCUGCUCUCACUGACAGGGCCUCCAAGGAGAGGCUCAUCCUGUCUCCUCUCUGCCCUCCAGAACCAUUGUCUCUCCCUGCCCUGCCUGCUCCGGAUGCUCUGCUCAGCCUCCAGAGCGAUGAGGCCAAGGCACAGCAGCGCGACGCAGGCGACCUGCGCAGGCAGCUGGAGCGGUUGCAGGCAGAGUUGCGGAUAGAGCGGCAGCAACGGGAACGUCAGGCUCUCACCUUCGCUCAGGAGCGGCAGACCUGGCAGGGCGAGAAAGAACGCGUGCUCAAGUACCAGGCCCAACUGCAGCUCAGCUACGUGGAGAUGCUGCAGAAGAACCAGGCGCUGGAGCAACGAGUGGACCAGCUCGGGGCCAAACUCGUCGGCCCUUCUCCGACGUCCCCGCCACCGCCCCUGCAGCCACCUUCGCAGGCUCCCGGCAUGGCUCUGCCGGUGUUAGCCCUCCCGUCACCAGCCGCGUCGCUAUCUCCACCUCCACCUCCUCCUCCACCUGCGACGACGGAGGAGGAGAAUUUGCCAUCCUUGCACCAGCUCGUACCGCCCUGGCCGGUUCCAACCCGUUUGGAGCGGAUCGAGUCAACUGAGAUCUGA